AUGUUCAUGUUUUUCAAGGUCUUCCUGCCCUGCCUGGCCUUCCCGCACAUGGAGAAGAUAGUUGAAAUGUCUAUCGACGAAGUGCGACGCGCUGGAAGAAAUUUUAUCAUGUCAAUGGGCAUCGUUUCCAAGCCAAACGUCUUAGUGUUGACCGUUAUUGGAAGAGGAUCGUAUGCUAAAGUCGUGCAAGCUGAGCAUAAAAAGACGAAACAAAUUUAUGCGAUCAAAAUCAUCAAGAAACAAAUGUUCAAUGAAGAUGAGGACAUUGACUGGGUGCAAACGGAAAAGAGUGUUUUUGAGGCAGCUUCCAACCAUCCUUUCCUUGUCGGCCUCCACUCAUGUUUCCAGACUGAUUCCCAUCAUGCACGAUUUUAUUCAGCCGAAAUCAUCCUCGCUUUGCAUUUCCUACACUCAAGGGGCAUAAUUUAUCGUGAUCUGAAACUCGACAACGUGCUCAUCGAUACGGAUGGACAUAUUAAACUAACGGAUUAUGGAAUGGGCAAAGAAAACAUCGGUCCUGGUGAUGUGACGUCUACAUUCUGCGGUACUCCAAACUACAUUGCUCCCGAAAUUCUGAGAGGAGACGAUUAUGGUUUCAGCGUUGAUUGGUGGGCGUUAGGUGUGUUGAUGUUCGAGAUGAUGGCCGGACGAUCACCCUUCGAUUUUGUUUCACCGACUGGAGAUCAAGACAUGAACACCGAGGGAUGCCCUUUUCCAGACGAUUCUCGAGAAGCAGAUUCGAAUUCCACGCAAUUUGUCGGUGAAAGCUUCCCAAGUUUUGAAAGGAUUCCUCAACAAGGAGCCAACAGAACGGCUUGGUUGUUGUCGAGAUUUAAGCCAGGCUCUUCAAGACAUGCAAGAACAUACAUUCUUCAAAACAUUUAUCGAUUGGAAAUGUACCUCCACCCCUAUAACCCAAAUGUCACCGGCAUGCGAGAUCUUCAGCAUUUCGAUCAACAAUUCACCGAGGAAAAUCCAAACUUAACUGUCGAUGAUCCAUCGGUUAUUGCCCGAAUCGACCAGAGUGAAUUUGACGGCUUCGAUUAUGUGAAAUCCUCU